AUGGGCGAUCACAAGGCCUUCUUCUACGGUACUCGCCAAUGCCCCAAACCAUCAGCCCCCGCCUGUCUAACCCCGCCAUCUACCACAGGCACCCUGAUGGCGCCCGCCGUCCUCCACCGAGUAUGCCACGGCACCCCUACUCCCAAUGACUUCCAAAAAUCGCUUCUCACCGCGCGCCCCGCCUUGCUCCCCUCAUACCGCCGACAUAAAGUCCGCUUCGCCGACUACCCCGCCAUCCUACCGGACGUCGAUCCCGCAGCCUGCGUGCGUGGGACCUUCGUAACCGGCCUGACGGACGGCGACAUAUGGCGGCUCGAUCUGUUCGAGGGCAGCGAGUACAAGCGGGAGCGCGUGCGCGUGAAGGUUCUGGCCGCAGACGGCGGGAUUGAUGCCGCGGGCGUCGCGCACCAUGACACCAAGGAGACGGGCGAGGAGGUCGAGGUCGAGACGUAUGUGUGGAUCGCUGGCAAGCACAAGCUGGAGGACGAGGAAUGGGACUUUGACGAGUUUGUACGGGAGAAGAUUGGGCGUUGGGUCGGCAGGGGCGCCAACGAGGAGUAUGCUGGUACGUCGCUAACCUCUACCUACACAGAAGUCGACGACGCUGUAGCUGCACAAGGCCACGACCCGACUGGUGGCCGCGCCGGAGAUGGGUGGCGCUAA